UUGUAUUCUCAUAGGAAAUUUCUUCCAAAAAUAAAAUCAAGUGAACUCGGAAGAAAUUGACUUACGCGCGCGUUCUUCCAAGUUCCACGUCUCAAUUCCCAGUUCCACCACAAAAACCCCUUUCUUCAUUCUUCCUUUGUAUCUUUCUUCAUGUGAAUCUUUCUUCAUAGUUCAUAUAAUCAUAAUCAUUUGUUUGAUCACAAAAAGUGUGAAUCUCCGUUGAACAAAAAGAAGAGAUACAGAAAACAAAAUGGGGAAUUCAUUUUGUAUUUUAUGUGGAUGUAUAGACCAAGCAAGCGUAGGUGUGAUUGAAAGAUGGGGUCGAUUUGAAAAACUUGCAGAACCUGGACUUCACUUCUUUAAUCCCAUUGCUGGUCAAUUUCUUGCCGGAGUUCUCUCUACUCGUCUCAAUUCUCUUGAAGUCAAAAUCGAGACCAAAACUAAGGAUAAUGUCUUCGUUCAAAUGUUAUGCUCAAUUCAGUACCGUGUGAUCAGACAAAAUGCUGACGAUGCAUUCUAUGAACUGCAAAAUCCUAGAGAACAGAUUCAGGCAUAUGUUUUUGAUGUUGUACGUGCUGUUGUCCCAAGGAUGAACUUGGAUGAGCUGUUUGAACAAAAGGGUGAGGUUGCUAAACAUGUACUGGAGGAACUCGCAAAGGUUAUGGGAGAAUAUGGAUACAGCAUCGAGCAUAUUUUAAUGGUUGAUAUCAUACCUGAUCCAGCAGUACGAAAAGCAAUGAAUGAGAUAAAUGCAGCACAAAGACUUCAGCUAGCUAGUGUUUAUAAAGGGGAAGCGGAGAAAAUUCUGCAAGUGAAAAAGGCUGAGGCAGAAGCAGAAUCCAAGUAUCUAGGUGGUGUUGGAGUGGCAAGGCAAAGGCAGGCAAUCACAGAUGGGCUAAGAGAGAAUAUACUGAAUUUCUCAAACAAGGUCGAAGGAACAUCUGCUAAAGAGGUCAUGGAUCUUAUUAUGGUCACUCAAUACUUUGAUACAAUCAGGGACCUCGGUAACCAAUCAAAGAAUACAACAGUUUUCAUACCGCAUGGCCCGGGUCAUGUCAGAGACAUCACCGAGCAGCUACGUAACGGGCUUAUGGAGGCAGCAAGUGCAAACUUAGAGGGUAAGUAAGUACCUUAUCAUGAGACAUGCUUAUAAAUUUUGAAAUUUGGUAAAUGACAAUGUGUGGAAAACGUAUGGUGGACACUGGCUGUAUAUGAGUUUUCACUUUGAAUGAAUUAUAUAAUAUGGCUAUAAUUGAAGUCAUUUAUUUUUGUAA